AUGCAUUUAUUUCGCACAAAUGACUCGAUAACGCGGAGUUGUCAGCUAAACACUACAGAUUACACCGAUGCAUUUCGGGUGGCAUUGGUUGGAAUUGUCGGGUCAAGUGUUGCCACGGUAAGAGUCAAGUGUUUCUCUUGGAGGAAAAGGGGCAAAAUAAGACUUAAAAAAGUGCAAGGGUGAUUUGUUUUAGAAUUCUGAGGACUUUUUACUGCAUUUAAGCUAAAAAAUCUGUAAAAAAUUUUUUAUUUUUUUUUUGCAUUUUUUGAUGCAAAAAAUAAAAAAAUUACUUCGAAGUAAUUUUCAGAUAUCAUUUGUUGAAAAUCUCCUCCUCUUCUAUGUAUUUUCAACGUCGCGAAAGCUACGACGACAAAAUUAUGCGAAUCCGGUGUUAUUGGCCUUCUUUGAUUCGGUCGUUUCGAUUUGUUACAUGUUGACUAUUUGUGUCCCUGUUAUCGGCUAUACAGUGCACAGCGAGCGAGUUAUCCGGAUAUGGGCCAAUUAUAUGAGAGUUACGUAUGUUAUUAAGGUAAGUUUUGAGGUGAAAAAUACCUUUUGGCUGAGUCUUUUUCGGUUGUUAUUAAUUUUUAAUUUUCAGCACUUCGCCUUGAACGUCUCGAAUUUCUUGUUGGUAGUGGCGAGUUUGGAGAGGUACUUGGCGAAUGGUCCCAUUCUAAAACAGGUAAGAAGGUAGUUCGACCGCAGUCGAGUCAUCAUAUGGUUAGCAGGGGUAGUCGAAAAGUUCAACACAUUUUCUCCGCCGAGAGAGCAUGCGAAGUGAAGAAAGCGGACGGAGAAAAAAACAGUUUUUGGCCGCUAGUAAUUUCGCAUAUGUCUUUAAAAAAUAUUGGAUUGAUGCAUAAUUAUCCGGCGUUUUUUCCAACAAAUUUCGCGAUCUGCUUUGUUGUUGUCGGAGAGUUCGUGAGGGACCCAUCCAGCCAAUUUUCAUACCUUUCCAAGCUUUUUGAGACGUCGAACGAUCGUUGACUGGUUGACAUUGAAGUCGUCGUCAGGUCCCUCACUGUAAUCUAAAUGUUAUCUAUAACUUUUAUUUUCGUAUUUUACAAUCCCCUUUUUUUCAGAGCUUCCAAAAGCGCCUUCUCGUUCUGAUUGUGGGCAACAAACCUCUUGUCAUUUUCAUGAUCUUCCUUCUCGCCUUCGUCUUCAAAGCCACCCUCUACUUCGAGACCGAUCUCCUCGAACUGGAUUGUCAUCCCAUCGAACGGAUUCAUCCAAUCUGGCUGGACGAAAUGGAACUCGGCUCCACCUUCAACUGGGCCGCAUGGAGGUUUUGGAUGCGGAAAGUCUUCACAAUCAUCCUGCCCUUUAUUGUUCUGGCGUUUUGCAACGCGCAUAUUGUUUUGCAUCUGCGAAGGAAGCGGCGCAAGUCCGAGAAGCAGCACUUCACCCAUCCGCCGCCAACCAUCGGCGUCACCGUUACGCGAUAUCCGUUAAAAAAGUUUAUGCGAAAUUCGCAACGGACCAUUUCGCAGACCGAUUCCGGCAAGUCCUUCAAAAGCCGGGGAUCCUAUAUUAUGAGGCAGCGGUACAGUGAAAAACGGGGAGUCCGAGUGGCGACAAGGACUCUGGUUAUGGUCGUCGGAUGCUACUUGAUUUCGAAUUCGGUGUCUACGAUUCUGAACAUCUGGGAGUAUUUUGACUCGCUGUUCUUCAGAUACGACCAUUACUAUUUCUAUUUGGUGGCAUCGGAUCUGGCCGCAUUGGUAAGCGAGUUGUGAUUAGUUUUUGGUCAAAAAAUUUAGCUCUUCUUUGAUGCGUAAUGCGCUCUGUUUAGUCCACAAACUAACAAGUAGUCUGUAUAUCAUUUCAUUAAAAUUUUAACUCAGACUUUACCGGAGCAACCGAAAUUUUCAACGACCUCGAGAGAGAAGGCAAAAUUGAGAGUGGCCUAAAGAAAACGCCUUUUGGCCGUAUACCUGCCACUAUCGAAAAGAAAAAAUCGGCUAACGGACUUCCAAAGGUUUCACAAAACUACCGUUACUCUAAUCUUCUUACACAAAGAGGCUCUAGUUUUGUUAUGAUGUUGAAUUAAUUUUGAAAAGGAAGUAUAAUUUCUAUCCCUCCCGAAAAAGCUGAUUAACGUUUCUUUUGAAAAAUGCGCUAAAAUUUGAGAAACAAAAUGUAAAGGUAUGUAAAAUGAUAGAAUUUUUCGAUGACAAAAAGGCAUGAGAGCAGUUAAAGAAAGACCAAAUUUUUAUUGUAACUGAUGAGAUAUGAGGAUUUGAAAAAACUCGGCACAAAUUGAGAUAAUUUUUUCUGACAAUAACAGAUACAGUGACGGACCUGAUCCAGUGGCAAAAAACGUACCAUUUUGCAUCAGGGAAGCAUCAAAAAUAUGGCAAAAUGCUUCCCUCUCAAAGUGAAAAAACUUGGUUUUGAAAGGCGCGCCCUUUCCCUCACAAAAAUCGGGCCCUUUCCCUCACAAAAAAUUUUUUUCAACUUUAUAAACGCAUCGAAAAUUUCAAGCAAAUACGGUAUCGGGACAAAAAAAAUAAAAAAAAAAACUUUUUCGAAAUAUUGUCAUGUUUUCAUCAAUAUUCCAGUGCACCUGUAGAGCACUUUCACAACGCAUUACCGCUUUCUUUCACCAUCAUUUUUCAGCUCACCAUCUGCGGUUGCGCUCUUCGACUUCCGAUUUACGUCAUCAACGACAAGCGCAUUCGAAAUGCCCUUUAUCGGGCUUUCCUUCGGCUCCGCUUCUGCUGCCGCAAACCGGAUCUCAAGGACUUUGAUCACGGGAAUCUGGAGAAAUGGUCGAUUGUCAUCGUCUCCAACAGCCUGCGCAGCAAUGUGACCGGGAUUCCGAUCACUCAGGAGCGGAAAAGUUUGGACCAAUUGGCAUUGCUGGUCCAGAAUCGUCGCAAAUUUUUGGUGCAGAUGACUGUGAAUCUGGGCGCGAAGGGGAUGCAUCUUGAAGACGGGUCGUUGGAUUACACAACGUUCUUGACGGAUAUCGUGGAAGAACAGUUGGAACUCACCGGAGAUUCAAGGUAAGAGGUGUUUAUGAGCUACAGUGGAGGACCUGAUCCAGUGGCAAAAACGUAGCAUUUUGCAUCCGGGAAGCAUCAAAAAUGUGGCAAGAUGCUUCCCUCUCCAGGUGAAAAAACUCCGAUUUCAAAAGCGCGCCCGCUCUUGUUGUGAGGGAACUUCAAAACGAAGUUUUUUCACUUGGAGAGGGAUGCAUUUUGCCACAUUUUUGACCUCAAGUAUGCAAAAUGGUACGUUUUUUGCCACCGGAUCACCUCACUGUAAAAGAAGAACCAGGGCUGUUGAAAACCAGGCGUAUUUUACAAUUCAAAGCUACUUAAAAUCUAACAUACUAAUUCCAGACGACUUCUGGAUACUCCGUUUGAAAAUGCUGUGACUGAUAUUGUAGUGCCCGUCUCAAGCCGAAGCUCGUAUCGGUCCAAACGCAAAUCAUCAAAUAAGGAAGAAAAAGUUGACGAGAAAUUAAUGGGUUAA